AUGCAUCGACCAAAACCUCACAUUAGAGUCCAAUUAGAAAAAGAUAUUCUUGAUGGAUUCAGCCGAUUAUAAUAAGUUUAACCUUUCAUUCAUAUCAAUCCAACAAUUGAUAAAAUUCCUAAUUUGAAAAAAAUAAGAAUCUUAGAAGAUAGAUAUACAUAAAUAGAAAAAGAUAAUAGAUUAUUAUUAGAGAAAAUUACAAAUAUUAUGAAGAGUGAAACUAGUCGAGUUGGAAAACCAAAACGUGUUUCUAGUUUUGAAUUUAGAAAGAAAAGUGAAUAACAAUAAAUUAGAAAAGAAAAUGAAUUGCUAUUAUCCAAAAUUAGUCAUAAAAAAUCAUCAUAUUCUAAAAAUCAUUUUGAUAAAGAAUGGAAUAAAACUAAACAAUAUUUUAUGAAUCUUGGAGGAUUGCGUAGUUUAAGUUAAAAAUAAAAACAAUUUAAUUAUUCAUUUUUGUAUUGA